CGGCCUCCGCCAUCUUGCCUCUCCCUGGAUGCCAGAAGCCGAGCGCGGAAGAGGAAACGGUUGUGUGCGGGCUCAGCAGGGUUCCGCCUGUCCUCCAGCCUCCACCAGAAAGCAGCGCUUCAGCAGAGACCCGGGGCAGAGAUGGCUGGACGGCUACCGGCGUGUGUGGUGGACUGCGGGACGGGUUACACCAAGCUGGGCUACGCAGGAAACACCGAGCCGCAGUUCAUCGUUCCCUCAUGCAUCGCCAUCAAGGAGUCGGCGAAGGUGGGCGAUCAGGCCCAGCGGAGGAUGAUGAAGGGAGUGGACGACCUGGACUUCUACAUCGGUGAUGAAGCUGUGGACAAACCCACGUACUCCACCAAGUGGCCGAUCCGCCACGGGAUCGUGGAGGACUGGGACCUGAUGGAGCGCUUCAUGGAGCAGGUCAUCUUCAAAUACCUGCGGGCCGAGCCGGAGGACCACUAUUUUCUGCUGACGGAACCUCCUCUGAACACGCCGGAGAACCGGGAAUACACGGCCGAGAUCAUGUUUGAGUCCUUCAACGUCCCGGGGCUCUACAUCGCCGUGCAGGCCGUUUUGGCGCUGGCAGCCUCCUGGACUUCCAGGCAGGUCGGAGAGCGGACCCUGACCGGAACAGUCAUCGACAGCGGAGACGGCGUCACUCACGUCAUUCCUGUGGCUGAAGGCUACGUGAUCGGCAGCUGCAUCAAGCACAUCCCCAUCGCAGGCAGAGACAUCACCUACUUCACCCAGCAGCUGUUGAGGGACAGGGAGGUGGGCGUCCCCCCGGAGCAGUCCCUGGAGACGGCCAAGGCGGUCAAGGAACGGUUCAGCUACGUGUGUCCGGACCUGGUCAAAGAAUUCAGUAAGUAUGACUCGGACGGGUCCAAAUGGAUCAAGCAGUACACCGGGGUCAACGCUGUCAGCAAGAAGGAGUUCACCAUCGACGUGGGCUACGAGCGCUUCCUGGGCCCGGAGAUCUUCUUCCACCCAGAGUUCGCCAACCCAGACUUCACCCAGCCCAUCUCAGAGGUCGUGGACGAGGUCAUCCAGAACUGUCCCAUCGACGUUCGCCGUCCGCUCUACAAGAAUGUGGUUCUGUCCGGAGGCUCCACCAUGUUCAGGGACUUUGGGCGGCGGCUGCAGAGAGACCUGAAGAGGACGGUGGACGCCCGGCUGAAGCUGAGCGAGGAGCUGAGCGGAGGAAAGCUCAAGCCCAAACCAAUCGAUGUUCAGGUCGUCACUCAUCACAUGCAGAGAUAUGCCGUGUGGUUUGGAGGAUCCAUGCUGGCAUCGACGCCCGAGUUCUACCAGGUCUGCCACACCAAGAAGGACUACGAGGAGAUCGGGCCGAGCAUCUGCCGCCAUAACCCCGUGUUUGGGGUCAUGUCCUAACCUGCUGAACCCACUGCAUUCUGACAGCGAGGGUCUGAACGGCGCCGUCAGGCCCGGUUCCAUGAUUUUCAGAUGAGACCAAACUGAUCAGCCGGGAAAUUUAUCCAGAAUUUUUGUUCUGCUUCUUUUGUAUUUUCUUCUGAAAUAUGGGAAAAGCGUUUGUAAGCCAAGAAUAUUCCUGGUUCUUCGGACCUUUGGGAACAAUAUUUAUAAAUAAUAAUCUGGACUUCAGGCUCAGUUCCCCUACAGGUACAACAGAUUGUUGAGUUUUUGUCCGACUUUUUCUUUCUGCUCCAGCUCGGUUCUAACUGGUUCUGUUGAUCCGCUUAGAGCCUGUUUUUGCUUCUUAAAGUUUUUUAUGUUUCAGUCCAUAAAUUGAUGCCAGUAUCAGUACCAGGCAGAACCUGCAGCAGCUUUUAAUAAAUUCAGACGAUACGUUCUGAUCAGUUUGUAUAUUAAUGCAACGUUCCAAUAAAGCCGACCCGUUCUGUCUAAGA